AUGUUUUCUAAAAUUAUUCUUCUUAUUCUUGCCUGUAUUGUUGCAUUGACAACAUCUCAAUUCUUUGGACCAGGAAUGUAUGGAGGUUAUGGUCGUGGAAUGUAUGGAGGUUAUGGAGGUUAUGGCCGUGGAAUGUAUGGAGGAUAUGGCCGUGGAAUGUAUGGAGGAUAUGGUCGUGGAAUGUAUGGUAUGGGAGGAUGGGGCAAAAAAUAA